UUAUUUAGUUUAAAGUUUGAAGAAAAGUAUGGUGGAGUGGAGGUGUAUCGUGUAUGUGGUGGUUUUGAGCGAAAAGGUGUGAAAGAAGAGAUGGCAAGUAGCAGCCGCAGCAACAACCCAAUGGAAAGCGUGGUGGUGGAGUGCGGAAGGCGUCGAGCCUCGUGCGGCUAUUGCAGAUCUUCCCUUCACAAUAGCAUCUCUCAUGGCAUGUGGGCGCAUAGCCUUACAGUGGAUGACUACCAAGAUCUUCUUGAUCGUGGCUGGAGAAGGUCUGGAUGUUUUCUCUAUAAACCAGAGAUGGAAAGGACUUGUUGCCCUUCUUAUACAAUUCGCUUGAAAGCAACUCACUUUCUUCCUACUAAGGACCAACUCCGUGUAUCUAGACGAAUGCAAAGGUUUUUAGAUGGAACCCUCGGGGGCCCGAAUACUUCAACCAAAUCAGAAAACUCCUCCAGAUCUAUGUCUGAAGAAUCCCUACCUGCUGCUAAUGAAGAGGUCGAUCAAGUUCAAAAUUCUAUCAACGGUUUAUCAAGCCAAAUUGAUAAUGUAAUACACGUGCUUAUUGAGAAGGGGGAAUUUCCCCCUGGCAUUCAAUUACCAAAAGCUUCAGUAAAGAAAGUUUCACAGGGAAGAAGGAAAUUACUAAUUAGUGGAUCUGAAGAUCUCUUAUAUAGUAGCAAUAUAGCCUUUCAAAUUGCAGCAUAUAUAAAACGAGCGCAAUCAUGUGACAAGGUUGGUAAUGAUUCCAAACCAUCAAAAGUUUGUGAAAAGGAGAAUGAAUCCUCUCAUAAAAUUAUUGCGGAAAAGCUAGUGGCGUCUUUAGAUUCAACAGUGAAAAAUUAUGGUUUGUCUAUCAGGGCUUGCAAUGGACAUAUCAAUUUUUAUGCUUCUAGUGAGCAAAUUUCCCCUAGCAGAGGUGAUCAAAAUGUUCCUGUUCCUAACAAUUCUAGAAUGAAGCAUGAUACUGGAGGAAAUCGUUUGCUUCGUUCUGAACAUUGUCAGGUAAAAAGGCGAAAGCUUGAAAUUCGUUUAAACAGAUCCAGUUUUGAUCCAGAAGAAUUUGCUCUGUACAGAAAAUAUCAGCUCAAAGUACAUAAUGAUAAACCACACAAUGUCACAGAGAAUUCAUAUCGCAGGUUUUUGGUUGAUACUCCAUUAUUAGAAGUUUCUCCUACUGGUGAUAACACAGUUCCUCCUUGUGGUUUUGGCUCUUUCCAUCAACAAUAUCUAAUAGACGGCCAGUUAGUGGCUGUUGGUGUUAUAGAUAUCCUUCCCAAUUGUUUGUCAAGUAAAUAUUUGUUCUGGGAUCCAGACUUUGCCUUUCUAUCACUAGGCAAGUACUCAGCGAUUCAAGAAAUAGGUUGGGUGAAAGAAAACCAGGUUUAUUGUCCUAGUCUACAAUAUUAUUAUCUUGGCUACUAUAUUCACUCUUGCAACAAGAUGAGAUACAAAGCUGCAUAUCGCCCGUCAGAGCUUUUAUGUCCUCUACGUUAUCAGUGGGUUCCAUUUGACAUUGCGAGGCCUCUACUCGACAGAAAACCUUAUGUUGUCUUAUCAGAUUUUUCCAAUUUAGAAAAUGUAGAGUCAUCCCUACCUCAAAUUACUGAUGAUGUAAUGGGAAGGGAGCUUGAUGAUGUUGGCCAAGAAGAUGCAAAUGAUGUUCCCAUGCUUGAAGAUGAAGAGAUGGUUGAGUCUGAAUCAGAAUUCUCUGACGAUGAACCUGACCUAGAAACUACUUCAUAUGAUGAUCCAGAAAUUGGAGAUGUCAGCAAGGUUUUGCUAGGGAUAAAGGGUUCUCGUGUGAAAUACGAGGAUCUGCGGAAUGUCUUUGCUCCUAAGCAGCGGAGUUACUUUGAGUCACAGUUACGGAGAUACAGGAGGGUCGUGGGUACAGUGCUAUCAGAGCGAAUGGUCUAUUCUAUCGGAUAAUUUGAAUUUUAGAACUUGAAUUUAAUAAGAUGCUACUUCUAAUCUCCCCAGAAAAAAACAUCAAAUAAGAUUCAUGUAUUCUUCGGUUGGAACUUAAUUUUAGGUCCUGAUGGUCUGACGAUAACAAUUGUAAACCGUGAAGUUUUUAGUUGAUGGAUUGUUUCUUUUGACAUA